AUGGAGGCUGUACUGAAAAACUUGGCUAACACCGUGGAGCUGCUGGCCGUGGCGGCCCACAGCUGCGCGGUCAACCAGUGGGAUAAACAAACUGUCUCCAGAGCAUUUCAUUGGGCCAAGUACUGCGAGCACAUCUAUUCUAGGUUUCACACUAACUCCACCAUAAGAAGAGUUAUGGAAAAGCAGCUGCAGCUCACGAAUCAAAGUUUGCGAGAUGCCAUCCCAGCAUAUUCUGAAGUUUCCUUCACGGAUCUCCCACGCUGCCAACACCUGUUGCUCGUCCGUUUGCUGAAAAACCCGGAACUCCCCAGCUCUGUCAUGAGGAUAUUCUUUGAAACAAAGAGCGCAGUUAACGACGCGCCCUGUGAGUAUGAGGACAUCAGGGGCCUCUGCAGCCACAUGAUCGAGCACAGAUCCGCCUGUAAAGUCCUGAGUCCCGUCUCAGGAGCUUCAGCUGUUGGUGCUGAUGCUGAGGUUCAGGGGGAGAUGCUGAUGGAGAGGCUGGGUGCUCUGCUGAGCCAAAACACUAACCCCCAUUUGGCAGAGCAUUUUCUGUGCUCUGUCCUCCCGUUAUUUGAAGGCACAGCACAGCAUUUGUGUUUAGUCAUCACCGCAGCUCUGCUGACACCGAAGGACUCGGCUACACAAACCGCUUCACAGGACUUUCUCCUGGACUGGCUGCUGAAAAAAGACAAUGUGCUGCAGUACAUGUGUUCUUUGCUUCCUUCUACACUUCUUAAAGACCUGGCGAAAGAACACUUGAAAUUCAGAGAGGCAUACUGCGGCGUACUGAAGCAGUGGGCCUCGGACAUGAAGUACAGCGUGAAUGAUGGAGAAUGGGGUCAGACUAGCACAGAUCCCCCAGUGUCCUUCCAGAAUAUCACUAAGCACUUUCAAACCUUGUUUGAGGCCUGUCCCUCCAUGAGGGCGAGUACAGAAGAUGAGCUACGUGCUUUGAGGAUUUCUAAUGGAGACUUUGAUGUCAGAGGUCUGAGUGUGUGGGGAGACCUCCUGUCGGCCAUUAAGGGUCAGAAGUGA